AUGGCGAGGGCAUUGCCAGAUUCAGUCCCAGUUCUCUCAACCUUUCUUCAUGAGAAAUGCUCUAUUUUUGAUGAUGAAGAAGAGAGCAAGUUGUCUUAUACAGAAAUUUAUCAGGAAUACCAAGCUUUGGUUGAAAAAUUACUAGAAGGCUAUCUUAAAGAAGUUGGAAUCAAUGAGGAGAAAUUUCAAGAAGCUUUUUCGUCUCCUCUUGCAAAGACACACACUUCACAGGCCAUUUUGCAAACAGUGUUGGCAGCAGAAGAUUUCAGACUAUUUAAAGAAAUGAUGGUCCAGAAAAAUAUUGAAAUGCAAUUGCAAGCUAUUAGAAUCAUUAAAGAAAGAAAUGGUGUGUUGCCUGACUGUUUGACAGAUGGUUCUGACGUAUUCAGUGAAAUUGAACAACAAGAAAUGAAAAUCCUCAGGGAAGUUUUAAGGAAGUCUAAGGAAGAAUAUGAAUUAGAGCAAGAAAGGAGGAGGACCAAAGAGGCACAUGAUAAAUGUAAAUCAGAUGUUCCAAACAGUUUGCCAGGAGAUACCAGAGAAGCUGUAAAAGUUAAGGAGUCCACUGAGGGAGCUGUUGCUUUUGAAGGAACUCCACAGUUUUCCUUAGAGGAAUCACAGAAACCUUCGAGGAGAGAAUUAAAACCAGUGCAGCCCUUAGAGAAAGGAACAGAGCGCGGGGCUCAACCUUCCUGUGCCAAACUGAAAGAAGACACCAAGAAAAGGGCACCUGGAAAACAUUCUGAAAACGCAGCACGAGAAGCUGGGCUGAAAGGACCCAAUUUAUCAGAACUUGAAGAACAGCACCUGAGGCAACGCGAGGACUACUUAAAGAAAAAAAGAGAUAUGCUGAUGGCUACGAAGAAAGAGUCGAGAACUAAUGUAUUGUUACCAGCAAGUACCGACCAGAAAGAAGAGGCGUUAUCUCCAAAAGAGACAAUGUCAGAAGAGAAACAAAGAUUACUACAGAAAAGGAAAAUGCUUGCAGAAAAACUGAAAGAAGAAGUGAUUAAUAAGCGGUGA